UGGUUGACGUAUCGUCGUCAAAAGCUUUAUGCUGCAGUGUCCUAUUCCUGCUGCUGUUUGAGCACAGUUCUGGCUGUUGAUAACGCGAAAAUCGCCAAAUACCUAUAAACAGUACUGGAUUGCUAAACCUACAGCAAGUGUCUGCCUUUGUUUGACUGGCUAGGUUUUAACCAAUGGAAGAUAAGAAGAAGAAACGGAGCCCAAAGGUUUCUUUGGCCCAGCCUCCUCCACCUUUCAACCCACGCAAGCUGUCUGUGCCCGCAAGCAAGAGUGCCAUGUUCUCUUUGGGGCUCCCACAGCCACCCUCACCAAAGCAAAGAAACAAGUUUAAAAGACUGCACAGAGAAAAGGUAAAGGUUCUUCAUCCAUCCGAGCCAGUUAAGCCACUACAAUCAUCACCACUGCAGCAUUCUUUCCUGACAGAUGUGUCUGAUGUACGGGAAAUGGAGGGAGGGUUACUUAGCCUGCUCAAUGACUUCCACUCUGGCAAGCUCCAAGCCUUUGGAAAGGUCUGUUCAUUUGAACAGCUGGAGCAUGUGAGAGAAAUGCAAGAAAAACUUGCCAGAUUGCAUUUUAGCUUGGACAGUCACAUGGAGGAGUUAUCUGAUGACCAAAAAAAGUCUGCCUCAGACCGCAACCUUGAGCAUCUGCUGUGUAAUCUGGAAGAGCUUAGUAGUUCAAUUCAGAAACUUCAUUUGGCUGAAAACCAGGAUCUCUUAAGGGCGUCUGCCAACUAGAGGUCUAUACCUGGCCUGCCCACCCGUCCCCAGUUUAAACAAUCCUUGAAUAACCUACUCAUAUGCUUCCCUAACACAUUGGUUCCCCUCUAGUUCAGAUGUAACCUGUCAUGGUGGAACCGGUACCAUCUGUUCCAAAAGGAGUCCCAAUGUCCCAUAAACCAAUACCAAGAUUUGAGGCAUACAUUAAGCUUUCUGAUAUCUUCAGUCUCAUCUCAUCUGGUGUGUGACACAGACAGAACUUCAGAGAAGACUGCCUAUCAGUUCUGGUCCUCAGCCUGGCACCUCACUCUUUAAAUUUGGAUUGCAGAACUGAUAGAUUACCAUUAUGUAUUUCAUUUGUUCCAACAUGGACAAUGACAACUGGAUCCACCCCUGUUCUGGCCAAGAGCCUAUCAACUCAUCCAGGGAGGUUCCCCCCCUGUACACCCGGAAGGCAGCACACUGUGCAAGACUCUCUGUCUGUCUUUGGAGCAAACCUGCACUUCAAUCUAAUGACUGAGUCCCCAACUUUCAUAACCUCUGUCUUUCUGGGAUUGGUUUUUCAUGCCUGCUUACCACCUUAGAAUUUUCAGAGGCAACAUCCAGCUCCUCAAGGACAUGAAAACUGUUUGAAUUUUCCAUUUCUGGGGUUGGAUGGAUACAACAGAGCAGUUUCAAACAUUAAAAGGAAUCUAAUCUUCAGGUGUGUGCUUGUAGACUAGACAUUUUAAAAAUAGAUUAACACAUCUAGACUUUUAAUCAGUUUUGUUGUUUGGUUACUUGCCAAUACAGAUGAAAUUGUUUCUAUAUAAUUUUCUUUUUUUUGUAGUCAUAUAUUUUAUGUGAUAUUGUGCAUGAGUCUGGUAAACUUGCAUAAUUUCAAUGAACAUCUCUGGCAUUUGUGUUCCGCCUUUUCAGCACUGCAAAAACAUUAAUUUCCAAAAGUGUACUUUUCUAAUUGCCAUUGUAUUGUAGAAUGAAAGAAUGUAAUUUUCUUUAAACAUUACUCAUAUUGUGUGUUA